AUGCCUCUCAAAGCACCCGUCGACAAAUUGUCCUUGGCGGUUCGCAAGAAUGUGCGGGACGAGUGGGAGAGCAAGAAGCCCGAGAUUGAGGCCCGGGUCUCAAAGGCCCUGGGAGAGGCGUGGACGGUGACGACGAAUCCCAACCUAUUGUACGUCUACACAGACGACGAAUCCUACAAGUCUCGUAUAGGAACUGUCAUAACAUGGUACAUGGAGCCGUUCUGCUCGAACCUCGAAUCCUUCAUCGAGACCUACGGCGAUGACGGCAAGACGGAGCUCAACUCACUGUGCACCAAGCACCAAGUCGAACUGGCCCCGCAAGAGGACGACACCAAGUUCUCGUACGGCGGUCUGCAGAUCAAGGAUGGCAUGCUUCGGCUGCUGUUCGCCGAGGGCUACCUCGCCUCCAAUGUGAGCGACGUGAGCCGCGACUUCCAAGAGGCCAUCAAAGCCGCGGCCGCAGCGCCCUCAGCAGGGGGCGGCUCGGCGUUCAACAUCAACGCCAGACAAUCCGUGCGCGAGUCGUACGACCCCCAGAUCGGGGCCAUGCAGAAGGCGAUCGCCGCCCUGGUCGGGAUACCUAACAUACGCCUGAACGGGAACUUCGAGGCCAAUGCAGCGGUCCUGGCCCGGGCCGGCGACGGCAAAAUCCGCAGCGACUGGGACAAGGUGCUUGGGCGUGCGAGCCUGGAGUAUUUUGACGGGCUCAAAUACCAGCUCGAGCGCGCGGGGUUCCAGGGCGACGACAUGCUGCAGGAAGGAUUCCAGGAGGCCGUGUCCAAGGGCGAGAUCUUGUUGCGUUUCGUCGACAAGCUGAACAAGGGGAGCGGAUAUCACGAGGUACUGAUCGAGGAUGGAGUGCUCGUUAUCCAGACGACCCCAGAGUACUUCUGGACCAACGUGUCCGACGUCGGCAGCGAGAUCUUAGAAAUACUGUGA